AUGAAAGCUCUCAACUUGUUACUAGCUCUCGUCUCUCCCUCCCUCGCCAUCCCAUCCCUCUCUCCUCGCCAGUCGAGUCUCGACACAUGGCUCACACAGGAGGCAGAGAUCUCUCGCACUGCCAUCCUGAAUAAUAUCGGGGCUGACGGUGCCUGGGUGCCGGGGGCGCGCGCUGGUGUCGUGAUUGCGAGUCCGAGUCGGAAUGAUCCUGACUACUUCUACACCUGGACCCGCGACUCCGGACUGGUGCUCAAAACGCUGAUUGACCUGUUCCGCACCGGCGACACGACCCUGCUUCCCACCAUCGAGCAGUUCGUCACCUCGCAGGCGCGCAUCCAGGGCGUGUCGAACCCGUCCGGCGACCUCGCCAGCGGCGCAGGUCUCGGCGAGGCGAAGUUCAAUGCCGACGAGAGCGCGUUCACCGGCGGUUGGGGUCGGCCGCAGCGAGACGGGCCGGCGCUGCGAGCAACUGCGCUGGUCGGGUUGGGGCAGUGGUUGGUUGAGAACGGAUAUACGACCGUAGCAAAAGAGAUUGUCUGGCCGAUCGCGCGGAAUGAUCUGUCGUACGUCGCGCAGUACUGGAACCAGACAGGCUUCGACCUCUGGGAAGAAGUACAAGGCUCCUCCUUCUUCACCAUCGCCGUCUCGCACCGCGCCCUUGUCGAAGGCAGUACCUUUGCCCAGAGUGUCGGCGCGUCAUGCCCGUACUGCGACUCGCAAGCGCCCCAGAUUCGAUGCUACCUGCAGUCCUUCUGGUCCGGGACUGGGAAGUACAUCCUGGCGAACUUCGGCGGCGGACGCACCGGCAAAGACGCCAACACGCUGCUGGGCAGCAUCCACACCUUCGAUCCGGCCGCGGGAUGCGACGACGUCACCUUCCAGCCGUGCUCGCCGCGGGCGCUGGCAAACCACAAGGCCGUGACGGACUCGUUCCGGUCCAUCUAUGCCAUCAAUUCGGAGCGCAAGGCCAACGAGGCCGUCGCCGUGGGUCGCUACGCCGAGGACGUCUACUACGGCGGGAAUCCGUGGUUCCUGACGACGCUGGCGGCGGCGGAGCAGCUGUACGACGCGCUGUAUCAGUGGGAGAAGCUGGGGGAGCUGCGCAUCACGGACGUGUCGUUGCCGUUCUUUCAGGCACUGGAUAGCUCCGCCAGCGUGGGCAGUUAUGCGGCGUCGAGUGCGAAGUAUACGAGCUUGGUGAACGCCGUCAAGGCUUAUGCAGAUGGCUAUGUGGGAGUCGUUCAAACCUACGCAGCCUCCAACGGGUCCAUGGCCGAACAGAUCACCCGAUCAGACGGCAAACAGACCUCGGCACGCGAUCUCACCUGGUCAUACGCCGCUCUACUGACGGCCAACAACCGUCGCAACGCUGUGAUGCCGCCGUCCUGGGGUGAGCCCGCGGCGACCUCGCUGCCAACCAAGUGUAGCGCGACGUCCGCGACGGGCACAUACUCGAGCGUCGCGGUCACUAGCUGGCCGCCCAUCGGAGACACGCCGGGCACGUCGAUCCCCUGCGUAUCGCCCACAGCGGUGGCCGUGACGUUCGAGGUGACAGCGACGACGACCUGGGGGCAGGAUGUCAAGGUGGUCGGGUCGACUGCAGAGCUGGGAUCGUGGAGUCCGUCAGCUGCGAUCGCACUGAGCGCAGACCGGUACACGAGCAGCAACCCGCUGUGGUUUGGCACGGUCAACGUGCCGGUGGGCAAGACGAUCGAGUACAAGUAUAUUCGCGUGCAGAAUGGCGCGGUGACGUGGGAAAGCGAUCCGAAUCGCAGCCUUCGCGUAGAGGGCGGCUGCGGGGUGAGUGGGAAGGUGCAGAAGGAUUCCUGGCGGUGAUUUUAUCUCCUGCAGUGACUGGACUGCUGGACUUCUUAGCCUGAAGAUAUUCGCUCGGUUAUUCUUUAGCAGAUGAGCUCAUCUUCGUGUCGAGCACGUAAUCGGGCCGG